AUGUCGUAUAACAAAGCUCAAGAUAAUUAUAAUCCACCCACUGGUGCGCCUCCCAACUGGUCUGAGAGUCAGGGUGGAGGUUAUGCUCCACAAUCCCAACCUUCGUAUCAACCGCAAGAUCAAGAUCGUGGAGUUUUCGGAGGUGGCCAGGGUGGUUACCCUCAACAAGGUUAUGGUGGUCAACCAGGUUACGGUGGUGGCUACGGUGGUCAACCAGGUUAUGGUGGUGGUGGUUAUGGCCAGCAGGGAUACUACCAGCAACAACAACCAAUGUAUGUUCAACAACAAGGUGGUGGUGGUGCCGGUGCCUCCACCUGUUUAACUGCUUGUUUAGGUGCACUUUGUGUUUGUUGUACUUUAGAUAUGCUUUUUUAA